AUGGCACUCCACUACGGUAGUUGGGAGGAUGAGUUGCAGGGACAGUUCUCGCUUUUAUCCGCGACUUCGUUUGAGGUCAAAGAAGAAAGGGAGCAAUGGGAGUACACACAUGGAAGCUCAAACACGGGGAUACUAGACUUGAGUGACGAAGUCUUUAUUCUCAUCCUACGACGGCUGGAUCCCACGUCUCUUUUGAGAGUUGGGAGCACCUGCCGAACCCUGUUUCGAGUUUGUUCCUGCAACUCACUGUGGACAAGACACUUCCAGGUAAUGUAAAAAUGUAUAUUGAAUUAGUAGUAUUAGACUUAGUAUUUUGAGAUAGACCCGACAUUUGCUGAUCCUCUUGUGAAUGAAUAAAGUUGUUAGGUUAUGCAUUGCACCAACAAACUUACAGAUUGUUACACGAGAAUAUGAUUUAACCAAGAUGUUUUGUAUAUAUUACUGGCAGUUACAGGAUGGGUACUAUUUGGUGUAGUACAGAGAAUUUUCGACCAACUUUAGCGAUACUGCCUUUGCCCUCGAUUCGUGGAAAGAGUAUCCAUGUCGUGUCCACUUGCAGUGGGUCCGUUUGAAUGUAGAAAAUGCUCAAUUAAAAAUACUCAUUUUUUGCUCCAUGAAGUAAUCCAACAAUGAAUGUGUAUGUUGCGAUCUUGUCUUUUUCAUUUCCUCAUUGAAAGAGACUGGUGGGUGUCUAGACCAAUAUCGGACCAAAGGCCUUUACCGUUACUUAUAGUCCAAGGCCCAUACAUAUUCUGUUUAAAGGCGGAAUUGGCUCUGGAAGCCAAAACAGUCAAAUACUCAAGCUGAACGUGACUCGAUUCUCAAUUGCUGUACAGUUCCGGAAACAUAAAUCCUAUCUACUUUUUUAAAUCACAUUUAAAAUAAUUUCAGAUGCAAAAUGCACACUUACAGUACACUGUUUUAAGCUGCAGCUGACAGUAUUUUUCAGUGACAACACGUUUGUGGGGUCGUACUAAUUAGCCAUCUGCGUCGAUUUGGAGAAACAGAUGGCUAAUUAGCACAGGUAGGCUGUUUUCUGUAGACAUGCUCUGUAACAUGGGAAUAUGGCGUUGUGGGAACCCUAACCCUAUAAAGGUGUAUCAAUUGAACCAUUUUGUUUUUGAAAAUGAUUUCUCACAGAUAUGAAAGAUGAGGUUCUUAUGCUUCCAAAACCUUACCGCAAGCCAUGCCUGUUAAUAUUCAGACCCAGCGUCAGGGCUCUUAAAGCUGCAAAUUGUAACUAUAUGUGUGACUGACAAAUUCUUAUAGAAAUGUCAAUCUGUUUUUCUCAAUAAAAGCAAGUAUAAGAAGUGGUAGAUCUAUUCUAUUUGUGGCAUUUUUUAUAUGCUUUCCAUUAAGUUUAGUUUGUCUUAGUUUCAGUUUUGUACACCAGUUUAAACUACAAUAUCUUUGGUUAUGGAAAAGAGAUUUCACAGCGGUUUAGAUGGCACAAUGAUUCGCUACACUAUCUUGCUGCUUGUUUUGUCACAAACUGAAAUUAAGCAGACUUGGAAUUUCAUCAACCAGGAAACAUAGUGCAUCUUUAACAAAACUCCCCUGUACAGAAGACCCCUCCAUCCAAUGACUUAUGUGUAAUGUAAUGGAACUGAGUCAUGAUCAAGUGCUAGUGGGUGUCCACCCCAAGGUGCUGCAUGUCAUAAUGACAAAAACCUUUCUCGAUCAAUGAGAAGAUUUGAAAUGGACAAGAUGGCGGCGUACACAUUGUUGGAUUACUUCAUGGAGUAAAACAAAAUCUAUUAAAAAACGUUCAUUUUCUCAAUUCAAACUGACCCCCUGCAACUGGAAAGACAUUUUGAGAUGUGUUUCCAUGAAUUGAGGAUGAAGACUGUAUCGCUGAGGUUGGUCAAAUUCUGUGUUACACCAAACCGUACUGAUUCUGUAACUCCUAGUAAUGGAUACCAAACAUCUUUGGUUAAAUCACAUUAUCUGGUGUAACAAUCUGUAGCUAGCAUUGCACGUUCACUUGUAGGCUUUUUCAUCUCUCUACGCAGACCUCAUUUGGAGUCCCGUUUGCCACCGCCACCUGCUCCAUCUCUGCCAAGAGUGUCUUCCGUUUGAUCUUCAUGUGGCGAACUCUCUUCAGAAACCUGCACUGUAACCGGUCUCUUCAGGAGAAGCUCUUUGCAGAGAUCCCAUUCCCACCACACAAGUACUGGGUCCAGUGGCUGGUUCUGGAAGAGAAUGUUCCUCUGCCCUCAGUGAGACUGCCCUGCACCGACAUAGAGAGCUUAUGGGGAAUUGAGAAGGAAGUGUUGGAAGGUAAAGUCCAAGGUGAGUUCAUUUAUUUUAGCAGUUUGGCUCCUAGGCAUUGCCACCCCUUAAUAUUAAAACAUGUGCACCUGCCACUUCUCGUGAAGAUAGUCAUGCAGAUGCGGGCAGUACAGGAGCAUCAUGGCAAAAACUGGCCAAUAGUCUUCCCCCAGACCAUCAGGCUGCUGAAUAGCCACCACUAGUCAGCUACCUGCUCACACUGUACCCCUCCUGCACCACUGGACUUCUCUCCCCCCCCCCCCCCCCCCCCCAGUGGUCAUUUAACAUGUUACAGUUGUAAAUGUGUAUUUUUGUUUCAUUCUUCCCUUUAACCUGCACUUUUGGAGCUCGGCGCUUAACCUCUUCACUGUAGCCUGCAUUUACAUCUGCAACCCUGUGCGUGUGACUGAACUCUAAAUCUGAAAAAGUUUGUCAGGUAGUGGAGGAAUGUUGUUCACUUGAAUAUUGAAACGGUUUUGUUCUUUGGCAGACAAAGAUGAUGAUGAUGAUGAUGCGGGCAGAAUGCUGAAGUUUGAAUGGAAGGAGCUGUAUGCCUUGGCUCUUGAGCAUCAUGGAAGCAUUGCCAAGCUUUUCCAGCAUGUUCUCAACCAACAGAGCAAUGGUAGGUCAUAUGGGGCAUACCAUCUUUAGCUUGGUACUUUUUGUUCAGUCCAUAUGCUGUUAAUUGGCUAAAGGUGGGGUAUUUUUGCUGGGAUCAAUUUUAAGAUGUGUCUGCUUUCUACAGCCAGUUAUGAAUUGUAAUUAAUCUCUUGACUGUGACCGCAAUGGAAUUCAAAGGUGGUAAUGUCCUUUAUUGCCUUCUAAGAGCCUGCUGCCAUUUGUUAUUCAGAUGGACUUUUUGGCAGUGCAGAUGAAGGCUCCUGACUGUUGUGCUGUAUUACUGGCCAACUUAUUUGUGAAUUCUGGCCAAAAACAUGGCUGUCCCAAUGGGUAAAGAAAAUGUUUAGUAAUUUUUUUUUAAGUUGACACCACACCUAUAAGCGAUGACUUUAUUUCAUCUUCAAAACAGAGCUCUGCUCUUACUCAUCAUACUCAGUCUCUUGAAUGUUGUACUGGGAAGCACAAAAUUGCCAUUUUACUCUGGAAAACCUUUGAGCUGUAUCCCCUUGCUGGAUUUUGGUUUAUUACAGAAACUGUCUGUUUUAUGAUGGAAGACAUCAAGGUAAAAAAGCGUCUCAAUUUAUUUUGCUCUGCUGAGCCGCUUCAAAGUGUUUUUAUCAGCUGGUGAUAUGGGGAGCGGAAACUAGACGCAUAGUUUGUCUGACCUGUCACCCUCCGGAUUAUGAGUAAUGUUUUACCCUCUGGACUGAAGCACUAGCCCUGCCUGUCAUAUACCAUCUGAAACCAACAGCCUAGUCCAAUAGGCAGGGCAAUGUUUAGGGCAGCUAAUGGCCUACAGGCCUUACUUGUAUUUAUAUGUUCAAUUUAAUGAUCCCAAAAUAAUUACACAAACUCUAAAUUACUUUGUGGCAGACAGGCAUCGAUCUGUCCAUCGAUAAAUGAGUCCUGUUUUCCCUGUAGCUUUUAGACUCAGCUGGCUUUAGAUGGGGACUGUUGUGAUGGCCAUUUAUUGGAACAUAAAUGCAAUUUUACAUUUGACAUGCAGAGCAUCCACUUGUGCUAAAGGUUUCUACCCUGAUGCAGACUUCUCUCCCCUCUCCUACCCUACCAGACCACUGUGAGCUGGAGGCCAUGUUCAGUCAGUACAGCCAGUGUCGGUUCCAGUGGCUCUUCACCUAUUGGUUGUUCCGCCAGCCAGCGCCCUUUGACAGGCAGCUCAGGGCCAUCUACCUGCAGUGGCGGAAGCACAACAAGAGGAAGGUGGCGUCCUGGGGAGGCACGUUGUGUGACAUCAGGUACCUGGCCUCAUUGCACCACAUCACCACCGACUACUGGAGGGGCAAGCUGGCCCGUGGUGACGAGACUGUGGGUAAGUAGCAGAUGUUGCUCCUCACCCUAUAAUUUUAUUCUGCUGUGUUAAUGUUAUGCACAGUCAUGACACACUCUUAUUUGGAGUGGAUCAAAUCUUUAGUUUUUUUCUGGAUUUGUUUUAGAACGGUGCCCCCUCAGGUCAUAAAUAUACUUCGCUCAUGUUAUAUUCAUUUUCUAUGCCCCAAGAAUAUCAUACCACCUUGUCUUAUGACUGUUAAUGAUAUAAUGUAUUUAUACAUUAAUUGGACCAGUGAGUAUAGGGCAAUGAAUAAGCCUCGCCAUGCACAGAGGCUCUUCUAUGUCGCGUUACCCUGUGGUGCUCCGUUGUCUGUUGUACUUUGACAGGUCUUGUACAAAGCCUCCCGUGAUCAAAUGGCUCAGCAUGGAGCUCUCACGGCUGUUGGCUUUCAUGUCAAGUAUCUAUUCUCCUUCCUCCCAGGAAUUCAGACUGUGGACAACUAUUUCUCCAUGUGUAAGUCACUGGUGGCCUGGAUUUUAGGGCGUGACUGGGGCAGAUUGAAACGCAAGAAGGUAUGUUAAAGGAGCUUUUUUCUGUAUGACCUUAAAUGACUUGGUGUCAGGCAAAAUGAGUGUAGUGUACCUACCAACACGAGGGCUCAAGCUGUGUUUUUGCCCACAGCAUUUGUAGCACCAUGCUGAAAAAAGUCAUAGGUGAGACGCCUUCAGACUGCUUGUAUACAAAUGACAUCUUGCCAUCUAUUCAGUGGUGUCUUUAGUAUUCCAUCAGUGCAUCUCCUUCCAUUAAGAAUCUCCAGAGCAUUAGCUCUGUGCUGGUGAUUUCACAAGUCACAGAUUGAACAGGCAGCAGGAAGCUCCCAAUCUCAUGUAAUGGGCUGCUAAAUGAAUUAUAGACCUAUCAGUGCAUGUCCCACUCAAUUACACUUCAUGUGUGAAUACAGUUGAGCUGCAAGAAUGUACUCCAUAGCCAGCAAUACAGUCAAGGACAGUGUUACCAAGAAAAUAGAAAACAACAGAUUGGCACGUAAACAGUUUAUGGAAGCAAUUAUGACUGGGAUUAUUUGCUCAUCUGGUUUACUUAAUGUAUAGAAAUGGAAAACCACUUGUGAAAUGUAGACUCAGCGACAUGACGUUGCCACGAGCAGCACCGCAGAUGUUGAGAUGAGCGAGAUGCAAGAUGUUGCUCUGUCACACAGUAUUUGCGCAUGUGCACGGUUUCGCUUCACGCUGUUACAGCGUGGUAGCCACGGAAGUUGAGCCUCAAGCUUCAAUGUUCUUAGUAGUUGCAGAAUUUACACUAUGCUGUUUACGUUCUGCAUCGGUCAUAUCGCUAAGUCUACCUUAACUUUUGCAUGACCGUAGCCUCAAUGACAUCCGUUCAGAUCAUCAAAGCUGGUUUCAACUCCCCUGGUCCAUAAUCCCUUCAUAAUGACUUAACUUUUUUGAUUAGCCUGUUGUAUUGAGUUGUUACUGUGUUACCUGCUCAGUGUACUUGUAUACUUUGAAACGUUAGUAUUUUAUUAGUCUCUCUCUAUGAAAUGUUAUGUGCGGCUAUUUUGACAUUUCUCUUGAAAUAGAUUUUUAAUCUCAAUGAGACUAACCUGGUAAAAUAAAGAAAUACAGACGUGGACACCCCUUCAAAUUAGUGGUUUCGGCUAUUUCAGCCACACCCGUUGCUGACAGGUGUAUAAAAUUGAGUACACAGCCAUGCAAUCUCCAUCGACAAACACUGGAAGUAGAAUGGUCUUACUCAAGAGCUCAGUGAUUUUCAACGCGGCACCGUUCUAGGAGUGGUGUAAAGCUCGCCGCCAUUGGACUCUGGAGCAGUGGAAAUGCGUUCUGGAGUGAUUCAUCACACUUCACCAUCUGGUGGUCCGACAGACUAAUCUGGGUUUGGUGGAUGCCAGGAGAACGCUACCUGCCCGACUGCGUAGUGCCAACUGUAACCUUUGGUGGCGGAAUAAUGGUCUGGGGCUGUUUUUCAUGGUUCGGGCUAGGCCCCUUAGUUCCAGUGACAGGAAAUCUUAAUGCUACAGCAUACAAUGAUGUUCUAGAUGAUUCUGUGCUUCUGCACAGAGCCUUGACCUCAACCCAAUCGAACACCUUUGGGAUGAAUUGGAACGCCGACUGCGAGCCAGGCCUAAUCGCCCAACAUCAGUGCCCAACCUCUAAUGCUCUUGUGACUGAAUGGAAGCAAGUUCCUGCUGCAAUGUUCCAACAUCUAGUGGAAAGCUUUCCCAGAAGAGUGGAGGCUGUUAUAGCAGCAAAGGGGGGGGGGGGGGGGGACCAACUCUAAUAUUAAUGGCCAUGAUUUUGGAAUGAAAUGUUUGAUGUCCACAUACUUUUGGUUUGGUCAUGUAGUGUUUUAUUUUCGCUAUUCAGCUUUUAGCUGAACUAAAACGUAAGAUGUAGUGUUUGAUGCUCCUAAGUGUUACUGUAUGUGGUGACUGAGUUCAGGUGUAUGAGGACACACUGGAGGGUGUGUACCUGCUGCUGAGGAGGGAGAUGCAGGAGACCCUGGUGGAGCAUGAGAGGUUCUGGCAGGUGGCCAAGGUCCAGAUGACCCGAGUGUGCACCUUGGAGGAGACUGCCGCGAACUACGUCAACUGGAAGAUGAUUGAGACACUGCCCUACUACAAGUAUGUUUCUGUGUUCCAAAGUUUGGGACUCGUAAUCAGGAUUUCAGAUGCUUAUUGAGGGAAUAUGGGAUUACUGGUUGGGUUUGGAAGAAAACUGUUAGCUAGAAAAGCCUCUUGACCUCUUAGCAGUCACUGCUUGACUUCAAUAACCGUCCCAUUUUCAAAAAGUGUCCUUUGGUUUGGCUCAUAUCCUGGGCUACCUGAUGAGAAUUCGGCCCAUAAGACUGUUGCGUGUGAUUAGCUAUAAAGUGAUUAUAUUCUACUAUUAAAAAGUGAGAGUUGCGCUACUUGAGGGGCGUGCUGCUGGUAUGCUCUUUGACAGGGCUUUGAAGCCUGGGUGAAAAAGUGUUGAGUAUCGGGGCCCUGGUGGUAGCUUCAAACACAGCGCCCGCAGCGCAGCACCCAGCGCUAGCCACUGUCAGUCGAUGAUGUUUGAACUUAAAGACCGCUCAUCCCCUCGACCUAUACAGUGAAGUUCAUCAGAAGCACUCAAACCCAGAGAUGAAUGACAUUUUUCCAAAUUGUGUUUUUCCCCUGCCUUAAGGGGAGAGGAGCUGAAAGAAAGCCCUGACUGGCUGCAGGACUGAAUUUAAUGACUGCUUGAGAAUAAAAAGCCUUUCACAAUGGUAUUAUCAAUGUAAUAUUUAAAAUGCCCUUAGUAUUCAGAGCAUCUAUCCUGGCUGGGUGAGUCACUUAAUAUUCUGAUAAUCCACAUUGACACUUUGGCAAGAUAGGUUGUUAGCAUAACGUGAGCUCUCUGAAAGUUACUUUGGCCACAGCACUUUCCUCCUCCAUCACAGUAGACAUCCCUAGAGAUUUGGGUCUUGAAUAUAAUGAACAGUUUCUUCUAAGAGAUGACAAAUCGCCUUCAUGGUGUUAUCCAUUUUAUUUUUUACUCUGUAUUCUUGCACAUGCUAUUCUCCAGUCCCUAUGUGGUUUGAUAAUGUGAAAUGUGUCCCUGCGUCUAAAAGAAUGAUGUGCAUAUUAGCGAUUGGCUCAAAGAAACUGAAAAUACUCUUUCCUUGCUACUCCAAAGGGUCUCAAUACGGGGCCACCCACCUGUUCAUAUCUGCAUUUUCUGUGUUUUGUUUCACUCUAAUUUCUUUUUGUAUCAGGAACAUCUGGAAUGUAUUAUCUGUCAUUCUUUAAUAUGCAUUCAUUUUAGCGAGAUUGCCAUUAGAACUGGCUGAAGUGUAACUCUCUGGCCAUCCCUCAGGCUGUACAUGGUGUCAGGCAAUGUGGUGUACCUGGACCACGUGCAGGGCUUCCUCCACAGGAAGAGGCUGGUCCAGGACUGGAUCUUCAUGAAGGAGAACACCUGGGUCAGACAGCUGCUGCCUGGUGACCUCUACCCUCUGCUGGAGUUUGACACCAAGCUCUCCCAAGGUAUAGUAGGACCUCUGUUCUCCUGUAUAUAUCCACCCUAUCAGCCACAAGGUUGUUCUCCAGUAGACAGUGUACAGAACAUUAGGAACCUUCCAAAUAUUGAGUUGCACCCCCUUUUGCCCUCAGAACAGCCUCAAUUCGUUGGGACAUGGACUCUACAAGGUGUUGAAAGCGUUCCACAGGGAUGCUAGCCCAUGUUGACUCAAUGUUUCCUACAGUUGUGUCAAGUUGGCUGGGUGUCCUUUGGGUGGUGGACCAUUCUUGAUACACACAGGAAACUGUUGAGCGUGGAAACCCAGCAGCAUUGCAGUUCUUGACACAAACCGGUGCGCCUGGCACCUACUGCCAUACCCCAUUCAAAGGCUCUUAAAUAUGUUUUGUCUUGCCCUUUCACCCUCUGAAUGGCAUACAUACACAAACAUAUCAUCUUUAACCUGUCACUUUCACCUGGUCAGUCUGUCAUGGCAGGUGUCCAUAAUAUUUUGUACACUGUAUACUCCCCCACCACCCAAUCAGCUACAGAAGGUUGUGUUUUCCAGUACACCCACCCCAUCAGCCACAAAAGGUUGUCUCUGAAGACUCCAAUGCUUAAAUUUCCCUCUUUCUAUUGAGUUUUUCAAAGCUGUCCUUUCUCAUUUAGUUUCUUACUAUACUGAACAAAAAUAUCAAUGCAACGAUUUUACGGAGUUACAGUUCAUAUAAGGAAAUUAGUCAAUUGAAACAAAUUCAUUAGGGCCUAAUCUACGGAUUUCACAUGACUGGGCAGGGAUGCAGCAUGGGUCAUGGGUCACCAGCCAAUCGGAAUGAGUUUCUCCCAACAAAAGGGCUUUAUUACAGACAUAAAUACUCAGUUUCAUCAGCUGUCUGGGUGGCUGGUCUCGGAUGAUCCCGCAGGUGAAGAAGCCCAAUGUGGAGAUCCUGGGCUGGCGUGGUUACCCGUGGUCUGCGGUUGUGAGGCCGGUCGGAUGUACUGCCAAAUUCUCUAAAACUACAUUUGGCGGCGUCUUAUGGGAGAGAAAUGAACAUUACAUUCUCUGGCAACAGCUCUGAUGGACAUUCCUGCAGUCAGCAUGCCAAUUGCACACUCCCUCAACUUGAGACAUCUGUGGCAUUGUUGUGUGACAAAUCCACAAAUUUUAGUGGCCUUUUAUUGUCCCCAGCACAAGGUGCACCUGUGUAAUGAUCAUGCUUCUUGAUAUGCCACACCUGUCAGGUGGAUGGAUUAUUUUGGCAAAUGAGAAAUGCUCACUAACAGGGAUUUAAACACAUUUGUGCACGAUUUUAGAGAAAUAAGCUUUUGUGCGUCUGGAAUUUCUGGGGUCUUAAUUUUAGCUCAUGAAACAUGGGACCAACACUUUUUACAUGGGUUUUUUUAUAUUUUUGUUCAGUAUAGUUUAACUUUGUAGCGUUGAGGUAGAUUUUUCAGCCUUUAAGGGCUCUAUUCAAUCUGCAUCGGAAGUUCAGGUUUACAGCCCGAUUUGCCUUUUACAUUUCAAUGUUCCCACUUUAGCGGAGACUACGUUCACGUUAAACGCUGCGUAUGUCGGCACCAUCUGAAAUGACCUUUACAUUUCUAUCGCUGAAUCUUUAAUGCUUCAGCUUUACAGAUUGAAUAGAGCCCUACCAUGAUAUUGAUCGUAAUCAGUAUUUGAUUGCGACAAAACAAAUGUUAUUGGGUGGUAUGCAUUCCUCCUACUGUACAACGGGAGGAAAUCCCCUCCAGGGUGGGAGGUAUUGAAUGCAAGUGGUUUUACAUCAUUUACCCUGGGCUGUGCUACAGCCAUCCAUCAUUGGAUCCCGAGUGGCGCAGCGGUCUAAGACACUGCAUCUCAGUGCUUGAGGCGUCACUACAGACCCCCUGGUUCGAUUCCAGGCUGUAUCACAACCGGCCGUGAUUGGCAGUCCUAUAGGGCGGCGCACAAUUGGCCCAGCGUCGUCCGGGUUUGGCCGGUGUAGGCGAUCAUUGUAAAUAAGAAUUUGUUCUUAACUGACUUGCCUAGUUAAAUAAAGGUAAAAUAAAUAAAUUGGCCCUGGCCAUGAGGUUGUCAACCCUGUAAAAUGCCUUAAUUAGGAUUUAGUACCUUGGCCUGCCCAUGGCAGACUGACCCAUGGUCCUGAUGAUCAUAGAUGGACACAACCAAAGAGGCCAUUUGUCUUGUUUACAAGCUUCAAAUAAUGGCUUUUCAGGUCUGUUCCUUCUGCUGCACCUGUAGUGCUUCCAAUACACACAGUAUGUGUUCCUAGGAGGGUUUCCUGUAGUGGAUGGCUACACAAAUGCUUUUUUUUUUUCUUAUACACAGGCACACAAAGGUGUGGAUCUGCCAAUAUUGUCCUGGUUUGGUUGGAAGAUGUGGUGUUUGCAUGGCAUUCAGUACGGUUGAUGUGGUUUGUGGGGCUAUUAUGUUUCUGAGGGUAUAGUUUGAUCUUCACUGUUGUGAUGUGGUCUACUGAUAUGUUGCGGGGCUAUUGUCUGACCGUGUCUCCCUUUACAGACAGCCUGCAUGGCGACUCCAUGCCAGCCCAGCUGAGCAGGGUGAUCUGGCUAUACCUCCACUCUGGACAGCCGCUCUACCUGGAGGCAGUGAAAGGCCUGGUGCUGCAAUGUGCUCAGGCCAGUCUGGGCCACUUCUGCAGCCUCUCCCCUGGCCUCUCCAUACAGCCCCAUGUCAGCUAG